AUGGCUCCUGGCGUCUCAGAUGAGAAGAAACCUGAUGAUGAACAGUCUUCAAAAGAGAAUUUUAUCCAGCUCCACAACCCACACUUGGAGAAAAUGAAAGAAGAUAUCCUGUACCAUUUUGCUCUUGGGACUGGUACCCAUGAUUUUCCAGCAUUGUUUGGGGAUGUAAAGUUUGUGUGUGUUGGAGGAAGUGCUUCACGGAUGAAAGCUUUUAUCACAUACAUGGCUGAAGAACUGGGACUUGGGAGCCCUGGUCGUGACUAUCCUAACAUCUGCGCGGGAACUGACCGCUACGCAAUGUACAAAGUGGGACCUGUUUUGUCAGUCAGCCAUGGUAUGGGCAUUCCUUCUAUUUCAAUCAUGUUGCAUGAACUGAUCAAGCUGUUGUAUCAUGCCAAGUGUUCCAACAUCACCAUUAUUCGCAUUGGGACUUCUGGUGGAAUAGGUCUGGAGCCAGGCUCAGUGGUUAUAACUAGACAAUCUGUAGAUGCCACCUUCAAACCUCAGUUUGAACAGGUUGUUUUGGGAAAGACUGUGGUUCGCAGUACAAACCUAGAUGAACAGCUAGCUAAGGAACUGAUGCAGUGCAGUAAAGAAAUCAACCAAUUCAAUACAGUCAUUGGAAACACUAUGUGCACUUUGGAUUUCUAUGAAGGACAGGGCAGGCUGGAUGGUGCAAUCUGCUCAUACAAUGAAGAAGAGAAACUGCGCUAUUUGAAGGAAGCUUAUGAUUCUGGUGUCAGAAACAUAGAGAUGGAGUCUUCUGUAUUUGCUGCAAUGUGUAAUCUCAGCGGUGUCAAAGCUGCCGUAGUGUGUGUCACUCUUCUGAACCGACUUGAAGGGGAUCAGAUUAGUAGCUCACAUGAUGUACUUGUGGAGUAUCAGCAGAGACCACAGAAGUUAGUGGGGUAUUUCAUUAAGAAAAGUCUUGAAAAAGUAUGAAAUAUCCAUCUUUGCGUAACAGAAGCAGAAGGCUUUUGCACAGCUGAAGUUGUGGUCACGACAUCUGUUCAGUAAAGGUCUUUUGCCUCAGAAUACCUUACAGCAUUCCAUGUGGCUGUGGAAGUUAAUCAUUUAUGUCACUGCUUUGGGAACUGAAUGUACUGAAUGGAGUUCAUUUAAGUUUUGCAUAGUUAUAUGUUGCUGGAUAUAAGACAUAUUUCUGUGAAUGGGAAAGUAUAUCUGUUGUAAAGGACAAGCCUGCUAUAAUAUAUAGAAAAGCUUUAUUUAUGCUUG